AUGGUCAUUUUAUUCUCGUUAAUUUACGGUAGUUUUAGUAAAAAGACAACCGGCGAGCAACUACAAGCGGUUUACAAUCAAAUUCAAUUGUUAAAUACAGAUCUUUCAUGUCAAUCGUCUAGCGACUGCUUCGUUCAACCAACUGGUGCACGAGCGUGUGGAGGUCCAAAUGGAUAUUUGAUACUUUCUCAUUUAAAUAAGCAAGUCACAACAAUCAUACAAUUGGCUAAACAAACUGAGACACUAGAACAACAAUAUAAUCAACAAACGCAUAUAAUAUCAAUAUGUUCGAUAGCUAUACCACCAACAGUUAGUUGUACAAACCAACAAUGUGUUAAAUCAACACAAGAUCUAUUUCAACCUGUGUUACCAGUUUGA